AGGUUUUGUAUUAACGAGUUGAAGAGAUCAUACAUCUAUCUGUACAGCCAAACCAUGAAUAUUUAUUGACUAAUUAUUUACUAAAAUUUAUUUUGGGGUUGAUGAUAAUAUCGAUGAUUUUUCAUUUGUUUUAUUAUUACAGAAGCAGCGUGACCGGAGAGAACUAUAGUUUCUCACGGUAUUAAAUGGUUCUUCUUACAGUCACUUCCUACUAGUGUUGACCCUCCAUCCAGUCUGUUAUGUAACCUUUUCGAUCUUGUUCCUGUUGUUAGUGGCCGAGUGUUCCAUCACAUCCACCUUUUAACUGUAACCCUUUACCCCUCCAGGCUGGUAAUGGCGCUGGUUAUGGUGAUGCAGCUGAAAUUAUCGUCACCACCAAACCACCAGACAACAAUAACAAUACCAAUAACACUGCAAUAAUAAUCGGGGCGUCUGUUGGCGGUGUGUUGCUUGUUGUGAUACUCGUGGCUUCCAGCGUUUAUGUUUACAGAAACAAGUCAAGGAAAACUCCCCCAAUCUCCAGGAAGGAUACCCUAUUGGAACGAAGUCAAAAUAUUUACUCUCAAUAUCCAGAUCCGUAUGUGAACGAGCAACAAACUCCCGGGAAUAAGGAAUCUUUAUCCCACGAACAAGGACCUAGGGAAGACAUUGCCUUGGACGAAAUAAAUAUUAAGAGACCUAAUUCAAGCAUGUUCACCGAAGAAAUCACACCAGCAAGAAAUAAUGCUGUAGAAAGACGCCCAUCACAGACGCCACGUGGAGUAAUUAAUGACAGUGGACUGAGACGCAUAUCAGAAUCAUAUGAUAUACGCCCAGGAGGUCAGAAUGAAAUGGCACAAAGACGCGCAUCAGAAACACCUGAGGGUCUUAAGGGGCAGUAUAACAAUGCACAAAGGCGAUCAACAAUGUUUGAAGGCCGGCCUGUAGGUCAGGGCUACAAUGCGCAAAGGCGAGCAUCAAUGUUUGAAGGCCGGCCUGUAGGUCAGGGCUACAAUGCACAAAGGCGAGCGUCAAUGUUUGAAGGCCGGCCUGUAGGUCAAGGCUACAAUGCACAAAGGCGAGCAUCAAUGUUUGAAGGCCGGCCUGUAGGUCAGGGCUACAAUGCGCAAAGGCGAGCAUCAAUGUUUGAAGGCCGGCCUGUAGGUCAGGGCUACAAUGCGCAAAGGCGAGCAUCAAUGUUUGAAGGCCGGCCUGUAGGUCAGGGCUACAAUGCGCAAAGGCGAGCAUCAAUGUUUGAAGGCCGGCCUGUAGGUCAGGGCUACAAUGCACAAAGGAGAGCAUCAAUGUUUGAAGGCCGGCCUGUUGGUAAGAAGUAUAAAGUACAAAGACGAGCAUCAGAUAAAGUUGAGACACGCUCUGGUGGCCAGAAAUAACAAUGCACAAAGAAGCAUAUCUGCUAAAUGGAGUGUGUAGAGGUGACCAAAGUCAUACCUACCCUGACAUAUAUCGGUGAUGCAGGAAAAUUACUCUCGUGUUUUCAAAUAUUAAAAACUGAAUGUAAAGGGUCCAGUAAUGAUAAACUCUACUUUGUCAAACUCUUCAACAGACAUUACUUUGACGUUUGAUGUAUUUCUUCAAUAAUUCCCAGACGAGUCAAUACAUCAUUACAGUGUUAAGUUUUAUUGCUGUCUUCAGUGAAAAAGUUAAAGGUAAAAGCUGAGA